AUGGAAAGCACGUGGAAGGUCGAAGUAUUAACAGAGCUGAGAAAAAUAGGCGAGAGCGUGGACGAGAUAAGGAAGGAAUUAGAAAGGAGAAGGACACGUGAAGAGCGGAACGGACAAAGUUCAGAGGAGGCAAAAGACGCAGACAUAGGAAAAGGAGAAGACGACACAGAGGAGGAAGCGGUAGAAAGAGAGAAGAAAGGAGGAAAGAACAAAAGCGGGGAUAAGAGUGGAGUACCGAAGAGAGACAAGAAAGAGCAGGGGGGAAGAGAGGAAGAAGAUGACAACGAAGAGAAGACAAAGAGGAAAAAAAGGAAAAAUGCUGUAUCGCCUGAGGAAAAAGGAGAAAAGAAGCUAAAGGAAAGAAUAAACGAAGGAAGAGAAUUAUCGGAGGAUGAAGGUGAGGAAAACACAGAGAGAGACAGCGGGGAGUGA